GAAAACCUAGACGAUGAGUUGUUGAAGAUUUCACGGCUGAAGCCACUCCGCCUGCCACCUCGACGCUGCUUAUUUCUCAUUUUUCUCAGCUUCCGCAAAGUGCUGUCGCCUGGCCGCCUUUGCUUAUCUGAACAGCAGGAAUCCUCAAACCUAGGGUUUAUCAAGCAAAUUCUCUGAUCACCUCCAAUAAUGGCUGCUAUUUCCUCGCAGUUCGCCUCAGUUGGAUCAUUCGACUCAGCCUCACGCUCCUCAGCUUCAUAUUUUACUCCCUCCAAUGGACUUUCAUUACGGUCCUUUGGCAUCUCUGUUCCAUCCAGGACCACAUUUCCAGCCUUCCGUCAGCGCAUCUCAUGCCAAACUGCCUCUCCAGCAACAUCUUUAUCCUCAGUCAGUGGGAAAGAAUCUACGACUCAGAAGGACUUUCUUCACAUAAAUGAUUUUAACAAGGAGACUAUUUUAAAAAUCUUGGAUAGAGCUAGAGAGGUGAAGGCACUCAUAAAAUCUGGCGACAGAACAUAUCAACCAUUUAAGGGUAAAACAAUGGCAAUGAUUUUUGCCAAGCCAUCCAUGAGGACUCGGGUUUCAUUUGAAACUGGGUUUUUCUUGCUUGGUGGCCAUGCCUUAUAUUUGGGACCAAAUGAUAUCCAGAUGGGGAAGCGAGAAGAAACCCGUGAUGUUGCUCGUGUUCUUUCUCGCUAUAAUGAUAUCAUCAUGGCACGUGUUUUCGCUCAUCAGGACAUUUUGGAUCUAGCCAAAUAUUCAAGUGUACCUGUGAUCAAUGGCCUGACAGACUAUAACCAUCCUUGUCAAAUAAUGGCCGAUGCCCUCACAAUAAUUGAACAUGUUGGCCAUCUGGAAGGGACAAAGGUUGUCUAUGUUGGCGAUGGAAACAACAUUGUGCACUCCUGGCUUUUAUUGGCUGCUGUAAUUCCUUUCCACUUUGUUUGUGCUUGCCCAAAAGGGUAUGAGCCUGAUGAGAAGACAGUUGAUAUAGCACGACAGGCCGGAGUUAGCAAAAUUGAAAUAACUAAUGACCCUAAGGAGGCUGUCAAAGGAGCUGAUGUUGUGUAUUCAGAUGUUUGGGCUAGCAUGGGCCAAAAGGAGGAAGCAGCACAUCGCCGUCAAGUCUUUCAAGGAUUCCAGGUGGAUGAAAAUCUCAUGAAAUUAGCCGGUCCACAAGCCUAUUUCAUGCAUUGUUUACCAGCAGAAAGAGGCGUGGAAGUCACUGAUGGUGUAAUUGAAGCGCCAAACUCAAUUGUUUUCCCCCAAGCUGAAAACCGCAUGCAUGCCCAGAAUGCGAUAAUGCUGCAUGUGAUGGGGCUGUAACUGGAAUUCCUUGUACUGAAGUCUUGAGAACCUAGCAGUCCUGUGUUUUCCCAGUUUUUUCUUUGAAUCUUUCCUUUCUUAGAUUCAUCAAACUUGCAGUACUAGUGUUUCCUUAUGGUCUGUGAUUUCAUCCUUGUUGGAUUGCCCCGGAGCUAAGUUUAAUCUUUGGUAUAUAUUAUAUGCUUAAUAAAAAUUGAUGACUUUUUUUUUU